AUGGCUUCCUCUGCAAAACGACUAAAAAGAGCUAAGGUUCAGAGUGGUCCUGACUUCACGGGCACAACACGCGCCGUCCGAGUCGAGGACGAGAUUUUUCAGAUUCAUCAGAAACUGGCAUGUGCGACCUCAGACUUCUUCAAAAACGAUGCGAGCAUCGUCGCGAUCGACAUCGAACAGAACCCAAUUCGCAUUCACGGUCAUACCACGGCCACGUUUAGGAUAUACCUUACUUGGUUGUAUACGAAGCAGAUCGGACAUAUAAUAGACAUGAAAUAUAUGUGGCACACGAUGGUGAGGGCCUUCCUCAUGGGGAUCACUUUGCUCGAUACCACGUUUCACAAUGCAGUCGUGGCAAGCAUGACACAACGCGCGUGUGUCGGGGGAUAUCCAGAUCUCAGCAUAGUGAAGGAGGUCUACGUCGGUACGUCCAAGGGGGCUUCGAUAAGGAACCUCCUGGUUGACAUAUGCGCUAUAAAGCGGCCAACACUACUAGACAAGAUACGCGAUCCGGCAGCUGAAAUGCACGGAGACUUCGUGAACGACCUACUACGGGCAAGCUUCAAGCCGCCCAUGUCCCGUUCAGUAGACGAAAAGCCAUGGCUGACUGAUCCCCAUCGCUAUCUUGAGGUUGCCGGUCAGGCCGUAGCUGUACCAAACAAUCCUCAGAGGAGUAUGACCGCGUUUGACACCUCGUCUGGCUUACAACCUAUGCGUUGA